AUGGCUGGAGGAGCCUUCCCGGCCGCAAGAGCCGACGGAGCCUCGGACCUGCCCAGACCGCUGGACCCACCAGAGUCGCUCAGCCAGCCGGAGCCGCCGGAGCCCCCAGAGCCGCCAGGGUCACUCAGGCCGCUGGAGCUGUCGGGCCCCCGGUGCCCCCGGAGCAGCACAGGAAAGCCCACGCCGCCCGAACUCGACGAGACGCCGGACCGUCCAGAGCCACCGGAGCCGCUCAAGCCGCUGGAGGUCACGGAGCCACCGGAGCUGCCUAAGCUCCAGGGCCAUCUGGAGCCGCCAGAGCCGCCCAAGCCGCCGGAGGCCACUGAGCCACCCAGGCCACCGGAGGCCACGGAGCCGGACCACCCGCCGGAGCAGCGGGUGCCUCCGGAGCUUCCCGAGCCGCCGGAGUCGCCCCGGCCGCUGGAGCUGCUGGGGCUGCUGGGGCCACCGGAGCCGUCGGAGCCCCAGGAGCCGCCCCAGUCACCAGAGCUGUCCCCGGAGCCGCCGGGGCCGCCCCAUCUAGAGGCCACGAUGCCCCUGCCUCCGCCGGGGGGCACAAUGGCCCGUUGA